UCCCACUAUUGACUGGGGAGUGUUAUAUCAAACAUUAUAAUUAAAUAUUAAAAAAAAAAAAAGAUUAAGGUUGUGAGGGAAAGGACAUGAAAAGGAAGUGAGAACACAGAGAGUGAAAUAAAAUCGAGAAAGAAGAGAAUCGAGAAAUAGAUAGAUCUGAGAGAAAAUGUCACGGGGUAGUAGUAGAUCUGAUUCAGCGAUAUGGUUAAGAUGGUGUUUGGUUUUGUUCGCAAUGGUGUCCGCUUUAGGUGUAUGCGGUCCUGCUCUUUACUGGAGAUUCAAAAAAGGCAUCACUCUUCGCUCCUCUAACUCCAAACUCUCUUGUCCUCCUUGUAUCUGUGAUUGCCCUCCUCCUCUUUCUCUCUUCCAACUCGCUCCUGGGCUAGCAAAUCUCUCUGUCACAGAUUGUGGAGGCAAUGAUCCGGAACUAAAGGAGGAGAUGGAGAAGCAGUUUGUGGACCUUCUAACCGAGGAGCUAAAGUUACAAGAGUCAGUUUCUGAAGCGCACACGCGGCAUAUGAACAUAACUUUGGCUGAAGCAAAAAGAGUGGGAUCUCAAUACCAGAGAGAAGCAGACAAAUGUGUUGCUGCAACUGAAACGUGCGAGCAGGCAAGAGAGCAGGCUGAAGCCAAGCUCACCAAGGAGAGAAAACUGACUUUGAUAUGGGAGAAACGGGCACGCCAAAUAGGCUGGGAAGGAGAAUAACUGCAUCAUGUUUGUUAUUUUUAUAAAAAUUAUUUAUAUGGUUAUAAGCAUCAUUUUAUAUAUAAGCAUACAAGCAAAAUGCUUGAGUCGUCAAGUUAUUCUCCUCUUAUUGUGUUUGUGACUGCAUAUUUGCUAGAAUCAACAAUUUUUACAUCGCUGAUGAUACCAAUUCAUGAUCCCACAUGGGAAAAAUGUAAACAUAAAAUCUUUGCCAGAUCUACCACUUAUGACCUCGUUUAAUGUUUACUACCAUCCAACUAAUUAUGUCGGUUGGGCUGCCAUAGGUUCAUUCUCACAUUUUCUUUUCUUUCUCUCAGCAUUCAAAUAAAGGGCAAACUAUCAUUUUGGUUUGGUUCUCAUAAGUGUUCUGAAUAUGUCGAAUACAACAAGCAUUUUUUAUUAAUUAUUUGAGUCA